AUAACCUCAAAGAUUGUUUUGCUGUGCUGUGUUUCCUGGCCAGGAAAAGUGGUAAUUUCCCAGGAUUUUCUGCAGAAAAAUAUUCCUUUCAUUUUAUUAUAAGCAAUUUGAGUGAGAAAUGACCGAGAAGUUGCUGUCCGGAACAUUCUGUAUGGCGAAACUCCCGGAUAAGCUGGAAAAUUGAUAAGAACACAAGAGUUCGUGGACAAAGGCUGGACAAUCGUGAACAAUUUUACUUGGUUGUUUGGUUUUUGGUGAUAAUAGAGAGUGACAAAAUGUAUUCUGCCGGUAGUUUAAUGAGAUUCUCUGUGAGAUCAGGAAGGCACUUGACGCCUUCGUUGAGCUUACUUCAUCCCUCUGGGAAACAUCAGUCCUGCCCUCAAGGAUUGCAGAUGCAGGCGAGGAACUUCUCCUACUCAGAAGCAGUGUCGAAGCUGUGGAUGUCUCUGUCCAGCAGCACUCCUGUGUCCUACUGUCAGGAAGGACUAAUCAAACUUCAUGACUCAACCGGUCUUCCUUGGUGGGGCACGAUAAUUCUGUCCACGAUCCUUCUGAGGAGCGUCGUGACUGUUCCUCUGACUAUUUAUCAGCAGAAGAUUAUGGCCAGACUUGAGUUGAUCACGCUGGAGUUGCCGGAAAUCGCCAAAGAGCUCAAGAUGGAAACUGCGAUUGCCAUGAAGAAAUUCAACUGGACGGAGAAGGAAGCCCAGAUCAUGUUCAAGCACUCGCUUAAGAAACAGUGGUCGAAACUCGUGGUGAGAGAAAAUUGCCAUCCGGCGAAAACAAUGAUCGUGCUCUGGGGCCAGAUUCCUCUGUGGAUCUUCCAGUCAGUGGCGAUCAGGAAUCUUGUCUAUAUGCUACCAGAUCCAAAGUCGCUCUAUGCGGGAAUAAUCUUCGCUCAACUCUCAUUGGGUGGCUUUCUCUGGAUACCAAAUCUCACAAUUCCGGACGCUUCGCUGAUCCUGCCCAUCAGUCUAGGCAUCAUCAAUCUCGCUAUUGUGGAGAUACAAGUGCUGUCCAGAGUGCGACCUGGAGGACGUCUGCACAAGAUUGGCACGAACUUCAUGCGUGUGAUCAGCGUCAUCAUGAUUCCCGUGGCUUGCACAGUUCCUUCCUGCCUGAGUCUCUACUGGGUGACUUCCAGUGCCUUCGGUCUGGCCCAAAAUUUCACGAUGAUGUCACCGAAAUUCAGACGCGCACUGGGAAUUCCCGUGACCCCGAGCCAACUGGAGCAUCCGUACAAACAUCUAGCAGAUGGCGUGUCGCAGAGAGCGCAGAAAAUGCUAUCUUGGCUGCCGAAGAGAGGCUAAAUUGUGCACAAAAAAAACGACUAACAUUCGACUCGAUAGGGUGACUCUGUGCCACUCGAGAAGUCUCGUGGUGCAUUGUGGAGUCGGGCAGGAAUUGUGCUGUUGGGAUCAUCCUGCAGCGAGAGAGGCAAUUAGUGAAGAUCGCUUCAUGAGAGCAAGUAGCAUUCUGUACUGAUCAGUUCGCAUUUGAUCGCUCGACAAUGCGAAGGUUUAGUUAUACUGUUGAAAAGAGUGAGAAGUGUUAAUCUUUCCAAUCAGACAUGAAACCCUGUCUUUGGACAGCGUUCCUGGUGAUCCUGGCAUCGAUCGCGGUGUCCGAAGGGGUUUGUGAUUCGUUUUUUCCAAGAGAUUUUCCCUUUUUGUAGUCUUCUUUUGAGCAGAGAUCGAAAUUAUAUUUGCGCACUUGCGAGUCACUGAAUGCUAACAAUCUGUUAUCAGUGGGGAAUUUUUUGUGCGAUCGCGACUGAUCAUAAUAAUUCUGAAAAUGAAAACUGUGGGGAGAUAAAAAUAUUUUGUGCAAUUUUAUAAUCAAGGCAAAUGUGAAGUAAUAAAGUCGUUUCGUAGUGAGAA